ACCAACACCACCAGAUCAAAACAAACAAUUAACCUGCAAGGACACUUUGGACUUCUCUCACAGUGUUAGAUCAAACAUGGAGGACUUUCUGGUGAAAGACAACAACACGCAGACCAGCCCAAUGAUGUAUUUACCAGACAACACUAGUGGCGCCCACCUGAACGACGAGAGUCUGAGCAGAGUCUGCGACACUAAAGGUGAUCAGCUCCCCCCUCCCGAAGAGAACCGACCGCUUUUUGAGAGCCUUCCCGCUUUGCCUAAGAAGCUCACCCCCAAACCCGGGAGGAGGACGUACAUCUGUGACCAGUGUGGGAAGACCUUCCGGAGGAAAAGGCGCCUGACGGUCCAUCUGCACAGUCACGGCGUUGAGAGGCCGUACAACUGUGUCCAGUGCGGGAAGAGUUUUGUUCAGAAGGGGAAUCUGACGCUCCAUCUGCGCAUGCACACCAGAGAGAGUUUACCUCAGUCCUGAACUGGAGGGAAGUUUAUCAGAACCUUGUCAUCAACGUACAUCGACCACACGGUGUGAAAUGUACAUUUGAACUUAACAACUUAAAUAAAAGUCAUUGGGAGAGCAAAGUAA